GGCAGGCACUGUAAUGACCUGGGGAGGCUACCCCAGGCUCCACGGUUGUUCUGAGGGCACCGGGGAGUCUUCUUCAUCACCACCAGCACCAGAGAGAAGAAUCACAGAGAAGAGAGUGAGGACAAGGGAUAAACCUAGGGAAGGGCACGCAGCUCCUCACUCGGGCCCCUCCACCCUAACCAUCACCUCUAGAGGCCAGCCCUGUGGCUGAUGACACAAAUACCACCAGGGGGGUGAGAGUGCAGACUCUCCCUCUGGAGCUGGCAGCACAAGGUCCCCUUCUCUUGGCCAGACUGCAGGCUGCUUAGGCUCUUAGAGCUGAAGCCAAGGAAAGCAGAAGAGAAGAAAAGAGGGAGGGCAGGGUCAGUUUCCGUCAGAAAGAGGGGGGCAGAGGGGAAUCCACGGAACGGACUUGAAGGGGAAUUUCUGAGCAGAGAAAGUGAAAGUUCCGGGCCAUAAAUGGGUGGCAGUGGCAGCUUCCUCCAGCUUCGUCCACUUUCACGUUCCCAGACCCCAUCACACCCCGCACUUCCCAGCACUCUCACCCACUCCCAGCCAGGCCUCGGCUUCACACAGACUCUGCCCAGAUUCGCUCACGCUCACAGCUUGCUGGCAGUCAGUCUCCACUCAUCCUCCAUGGCAUCCCAUGCAGCUGCACUACUAGCCCUCAGCCUGCUGAUGCUCUGGACCUCCUCUGUGUCCCUGUGUCCUGACACUAAUCCUACCCCAGCUCUGGGAGAUGCCAACGACGCUGAAGACUGCUGCCUGUCUGUGACCCAGCGCCCCUUCCCUGGAUUCCUGGUGCGAGCCUAUCGCUACCUGCUCAUCAACAAUGGCUGCAGGGUGCCUGCCGUUGUGUUCACCACGCUGAGAGGUUACCAGCUCUGUGCACCCCCAGACCAGCCCUGGGUGGACCGCAUCAUCCGGAGACUGCAGAAGAACUCAGCCAAGGGAAAGCGCUACAGCAGGUAGCCCAUGAUAGCCCCAGAGGGAGCCCUGUGUCUGAGGGAAAGAAUGUGAAUCACUGAAGCCCUGGGGAACCGAGGACCAGAAGGGAGCACCAGGCCUCCUGCUCCCCUGCACCAGAACUGACCCAGCUGGGGUGGGGCAGGAGUGUGAGUGUGAGUGUGGGUGUGGAUGAGUGUGGUGGAAGCACAACUUCUCCAUGCCCAGACUGCAGUGUUUCCAAUAAAGCCCAGCUUGUA